AUCUUUAUUUACAAUUAAAAUGAACAACUUUCAUUAAAUUUUAUAAUAAUACAGGAUGAGAUGAAUUCCAAUAAAAGGAGAUAGAAGAAGAAAAAGUAGAAACCAAAUAAUAUUAGAGCUGCAGCUAAUGACUCUUUUUGCAAUUAAUCGAUUGAUUAGUAAAUAUUUAAAAUUGCCUGCUGUGAUUUCCUAAAGUUUUAUUUAAAUGGUUUGUUAUAUUUGACCAACCAUUCAAAGUAACUCAAAAUAUCAAUUUUAGUUAUAAAUAACUAAAAUGAUUAUUUGAUUAUAAGAAUAGUUUUCUGCCAGUUGAGGGUUGGAGUAAGAUUUAAAAAGUCUUUGUGCUAAACGACAGUCUGAGGUGGUUUCUGGCUCCAUCCUGUAAAGAUGUUCAGUUUCUGUCACGUUAAACUGAAUCUGGAUUCUGGCUUAUGACAUUUAUUUGACCAAACAGUGAAUCACUCGUCGUCACAUGCAAAGCUUGUGAUUAUUUCUCUAUCGAUCCACUAAUUGAUUAUGAAUUUAUCACUUCAGCUCUAGUUAUAACAGCAGGACAUUGCAAUCAGCUGAAAUCGUGUUCCUCUGCAUGAAUCUGCAUUAUGAAAUCCAUUGGAUCCAACUGGGGUCAGGUUGGCCCGUGUAAACCUCGUGUCUGACACAUCACAUGAUCUGGUGACCGAUUCCCACUGAUACUGAUGUACAAACGGACUAGUGCUGAUCUGAGACCAGAGGAGGUCUGCCUCAGUAAACUGUGAAACUCAGGAUAAUAUUUAGUUAUUGAUCGGUGUAAUGUUCACAAAAUGACCUGACAUGUCCGCAGAGGUCAGAGGUCAUGGUUCUCCACGAUGAACCCGGUCCGAAAAUGCCUCAGACUCAGCCCGUCCACACCACAACCUGCUGCCACCUCCUCCACUUCCUCCACCCGGAGCCUCAGACCACCUCCUCAGCUCCUCUCCCAUGAUGCUUUGCUGCUGCCUCCCCCUCCAGUUCCUGCAGGGGGUAGAGCUGAGGAGGAGGUGGAGGAGGAGGGCUACCUGCUGGUGGAGGAAGAUACCACCGACUCCAGCCUCGUCAUCACAAUGGAGGACAGUCAGGUCGAGGUGAAAGCGGCGAGGAGGAGAGCAGUGAGGAAGAGGAGGGGGAAACUGACUGAUGAGGAAGAGGAUCAGAGGGGUGGAGCCUCAGAGAGCGAUGAUGAGGAGGAGGAAGAGACGGGGGUAGAGGUGGAGAUUGACAGACAGCUGGACCAAUCACUAGAGACGAAGUCCAAACAACACAACCUGACCACGGUGAAUGUCAGAAACAUCAUCCACGAAGUGAUCACCAACGAACACGUGGUGGCCAUGAUGAAAGCUGCCAUCAACGAGACAGAGGCUGUCCCUCCAUUUGAGCCAAAAAUGACUCGAUCCAAGUUUAAAGAAGUGGUGGAGAAAGGAGUGGUGAUUCCAGCCUGGAACAUUUCUCCGAUCAAGAAAACCAGUGAUGUCAACAAGGCUCCUCAGUUUGUGGACAUCCCUCUGGCUGAGGAGGACUCCUCUGAUGAAGAGUAUCGUCCUGAUGAGGAAGAGGAGGAUGAGACAGCUGAAGAUACGUUCCAGGAGAGCGACAUGGAGAGCACAGCUUCGUCUCCCAGGGGAAGUCGACUGAACAGAGUGGAGGAAGACAGCUGCAGCCCCUGGCAGAUUUCUCGGCGCCGAUCCAGGAAUUUGAGGGCGGGGUCUGUCUCAAUGGGACCCCCCCCUCCUCCCAAAGCCCUACCUCCCAAAGCAGUGACUGACAGCACCUUUCUGGAGAAACUUCAUGCUGUGGAGGAGGAGCUGGCAGUGUGUAUGGAGCCCUACCAGCCUCUGUCGGAGUCGGGGGGCGAGGUGGGUCUGAUGGCGUACCGGACUCGGUCCAAGCGUCCUCUACGUGACGUCCCGCUGGGCCGGCUGGAGGCGGAGCUCCGAGCUCCUGACAUCACACCUGACAUGUACGACUCCAGCUCUGCCCACGAGGACAGGGAGUGGACUGAUUGGCUUAGAGGCCUGAUGAGCUCAGACAUGGACAACGAAGAGGAGUGCGAUGAUGAAGAUGAUCCAGAGUAUAACUUCCUGGCCGACAUCGAUGAACCCGACCUGGAGGAUUACCGUGACGACAAGGCUGUCCGCAUCACCAAGAAGGAGGUGAACGAGCUGAUGGAGGAGCUGUUUGAAACGUUAAAAGAAGACCUUGCAGGACAGGAAGUGGAUGACGAAGGCCGCGAAGAAGAGGAGGAGACACAGGAGGAAACAUACACUGUUCAGACGCACGUGGCUCCGGAGCAGCAAAGCACAAGGCUGGGUGAUGAUGAGGUGGUGGACGGACCUAUCACGGAGCUUCGUACAGUGAAGCAGCAGCUGGCUUUGGUCAGGAAGAGACAGCAGACACACACACUCUGUAACACACACACACUCUGUCCUGAGCCGUACACACUGAAGCUGGAUGGACAGCAGAAGACCAGACUGCAGCAGCAGCUACAGCAGCACGUCCAGCUGUUGACUCAGAUUCACCUGUUGAGUUCACCUGUGGCCAAACUUCACAGUGAGGCUGAGACCACCAAACAGUUCCUGCUUGAGUUGGAUGUGUUGGCUCAGAGAGCCGAGCUGCUCAUGUCUUCAGCUCGUCCUGGUUUCUGCAGCGUCUUCAGAUCCUCCAACCUGCAGGGGGCGCUGCAGCUGCUGGAGGAGCUGCGAGAGACUCCCAUCAGCUACCAGCGACAACACCACCCACCUGACGCCAGAGGGCACAUGCGUUGUUACCCCGUGAUGCCGGCUGAACUGGCCUGGCUCUUUGCCACGCGUCCGGUCUUCCUCUACCCAGAGCUGCUGCCCUGUGCCAGCCUCGACCCAGCUCUGUACUGCCCCCGCAGGACGGCGGCAUUCACUGCAGCUGAGGACUGCCUCCUGGUUCUGGGUCUCAGGAACAUGGAGGGGUCAUGUGACCCAACUAAGCUGGUGUCUCAGUUCCUGCUGAGGAAGACUCUGGUCCAGGUCCGACGAAGAAUCCUGCAGUGCUGCAGACCUGGUUUCCCCGACAACAUCGUCAAGGUGUUCAGAUAUCAGCGGGUGUUGUGGCCAAUGCUGGUGGCCUGUGGUCCUGUUGAUCCAGCAGAGCGACGCCCCCCGGUGGAAAGAGAGGAGAAUGUCAUGCCUCUGUGGCUGGUGAGGAGUCUUCCUGUCAUCUACCCGACCAUCAAACACUAUAACACCCGGCCUGGCUCCGCCCCUGAGGUCCCGCCCCCCUACAGGGGGGGUCGACCCCGUCAGAGUCACCUGACCUUCCUCCGCUCCGCCUCCAACACCUACAGCUUCCCCCCAGGGACAAGAUAUCCCCCCCGCCUCCCCAAGCACCUUGACUUCAGACGCAUCGGCUUUGUGCUCCUGCAGCAGCCCCUCCCCCCUCCUCCCGCUAACUCCUCCACCCUACCUGAUGGAGAGGUGGACCCCUCCCCCCCCACACCUCCUUCUCCACAGAAACCCUGCUUCCCCCGUGCUCUCAGCCCCCCACGAGUCCUCCUCCACCGACUCCUCCUGACAAGGACUGAUACCCCCACUGACAUCAUCACCACCUCCACCGUUCCUAUGACAACCACAGAGCAAAUCAGAUGCCACUAUCAAACCCUUGCCGGCCUGCGGAGGAGGGGGAGGAAGAGGAGGUUGUCUUCUUCACCUCCUGAAGAGGAGAAAACCACCCUGAACAGAGGAGGAGCGACUAGUGAUGAAGAGGCACUGACUCUUCUUCCUCCUGAAGGCCUCACCCCCUCUCAGGUGGAGGUGGAGGAGGACGAUGAUGUCGUCAGGAAGAACGAAGAGGGGAGAAAGGAGGAAGUGGAAGAAGAGGACGAGAGUGAAGUCCUCCUGGCUCUCUCUGAAUCAUCGUCCAGCGCCGCGGGAAGUGUCGCCCAUGACGAUGACCUGGCCAACCUUAAGGACGCAGAGUCAGAGAGUGAACAGGAAGUGACACUGACACCAUCCAGAGCAGCAGAAGAAGGCGGCGCUGAUAAUGAUGAUGACGAUGACGAUGAUGGAGGGACAUCUUCAGAUGAAUCCGGAGUGUCCGUCCUCCAACUGCAGGAGAGACUGUUGUCAGAAGGAACUGAGGAGGAGGAGGAUGGAGAUGAUGAGAGGCAGUUGGAGGACGUGGCGUUUGCUCAGGAUUAUCUCCACAGAGUGUGUGAAGUGGUGCAGGUGUCUCCAGACCUCUCUGAACAGCUGCUGCGGGUGUUGGAUCAGUUUUCAGCAGGUGGGCCCCUGGGGGCCUCCGGGGCCCCGGAGCUUCUCUAUGACAGGCUGAGCUGUGUGCUGCAGCCCUGGCCUCAGCUGCUAAGAGACUUUGCUGCCUUCUUGAACCCAGGACAGGCUCGCCGCUGUGGGCUGUUCUUGGAGCAACAGCUGUUUGAACGCAGCCGGCAGUUUCUACGGCAACUGGGGCAGAGCCUGGGAGAAAACUCCUCCGUCUACCAACAGGUGGUGUCGGUGCUGCAGGGAAGCCCCACACCCCCACCUGAGGACAUGGACAAGAUCUCGUGGCUCCUCAAACACCACCCCAACCUGCAUGAGUUCUUCCAGCAGCUUCACGCCCACUCGUCAGCCAUAGCAACCGGCUCUGUGACCACAAAGGUGAACUCCGUUUUCCAGAAUUCUCCUGAAAGUAACAGGAAGGGAGUCCACCGUCAGACGUCUGAAGAGAGCGAGACAGGAAGUGACAGAGAGGAGGAGGAGGAACGACCGGUUUGUGCCCAAAACAUCUCGAUGACCUCCACUGGAGAGAAAGUCGUCGUCUGGACCCGUGAGGCUGACCGCGCCAUCCUGACCGCCUGUCAGCAGAGAGGAGCCAAUAGGAAAACCUUCAGACAGGUGUCCGCCCACCUGGGAAACAAGACCACCCAACAGGUGAGUCUUCGUUUCCAUGACCUGAUGAAUCUUUUCCAAACUGCAUCUCAAAAGUCCACUUCCUGUUCCUCAGAAGGCCAGCCAAUCGGAAGGCAGGAAGCGGCCCCUGACUAAUUGCUGGACCAAUCGUAGAUGAGCUUGCAAUCAACCACAGAGUGGACUUCAGGGCCGAGAUUCUGAACUGAGACCAGAUCUGCUGUUUUGGGGCUGAACCUGUGAAGUUUAUACACAAACAGGUUUCAUUAGAACCAGAACCGACUUCAGAACUGGUUUAAACUGUUCUGAGUUCAAGAACAUCAGCCUAGAAAUCAGCUAUGUUGAUUGUAGACUCCACCAGAUGAUUCUAAAACACAAAGGAACGACUCCAGAAUCCACAUGAAUGAUUCUAGAGUUGUCCAUGUUCCCACAUGUACUGUUUCUAGAACAUGUUUAAAGUUAUUCUAGAGUUCUUCAGAGGGCCCCAGACUUUGAAGCAAAUCAUUUCAGUAUAAAGACUCUUGAACUGAUCUAUCAGAAUGACUAAAAGCUUCCAUUUCAACAGCUUCUCUAGAUGUGACCCUAGAACUGACUAAUAGUGUUCUGUAUUCAGGAGCGAGAUUCUAGAAGUCGCCUGGACGGGUCGAGAUUUAAUCAGAACUAUGUUAAAUUUACAUUAAUCUGUUCUGAAGUUUUUACCAGUUAGUAUUUGUUUGUGACCAAUCAGAGUAGAGUUCACCCCCAGGCUGCUGACACUGAUUUUUAUUUAUAUUUGUUAUUUAUUUUUAAUUUAUCUGCUCUGACCUCAUCAAGAUGACACUGGGGGGCGUGCCGGGGGCGGAGUCUCGGCAAAUCACAGCGAGGUCAGACCACUCCACAACAAGAAGGAAACACUAGAAACCAGCUAAGGUCUAAUGAAAUACACUGAAGAUUUGCAGCCUGAAACCGGUCACAUGACACAGGUGACCAGCUGCAGGUGUUAACAGGGUUCAACGUGUUCUGCUCACAACUCAGACCACGUCCACAUGAAGCCGCCUGACUUUGAAAAACUCGAUCUGUGUCACCACUGAAGGAGUCCGUCAGUCUCUCAGUCAUCGUUGACGUCUUCAAAUCUCUGGUUUUAUCCAAAACCUAAAGAGAUUCAGUUACUGUGACAGAAAACAGAGAAGAACAAAAAAUCCUCCUAUUUAAGAAGAUGUCAACAAUCACUUCAGCUUUAGAGAAGAGCUUUGUUUAAUAGUUAAAUGAGGAGGAAACAUCAGAUUUACAUACUUUGCAUCUAUAAACUCUUUCUGUUCUUAUGAAUCUGUCUCUGCUCACUUUAAAUCCAUAAAACUACACAUUUAUUCCAUUUUAAGACUGAACUUGAUGAUCGAUUAUUCUCGCUGUGACAGGCUCAAAUAUUGAUCUUCAGACAAAUCCAAGUAGCUGUUCAGAGUUAGUUCUGUAAAACCUCUGUCGAGAAAUAAAAUUUAAAAACACAUUUUAAUAUUUGAGUUUAUUUAAUUUUACACUUUGCACUAAAAAGCAAAACGUCUCAUUUAUCGUUUUUCUUUUUGCAGCUUCUGAGACUUUUUUCUUUAGAUUUUCAAGAAGUUUAUUCCUCCCAUGAUGCAUCGGGAUUAACCCACCUUAUUCCCACGAUUCCUAGCGGCCUUACAUGCCUGAUGUAACAAUGUUCUGUGAAGGUUUUAUAGAAAAUGUUUGUGUAUUCAUAUUGAAUACAUUUCAAUGGAAG